AUGAACGGCGCCAGCGAUCCGGAGAGAGAGCAGGCGCUCGAGGAUUACAAGAGGAGCCUGCUUGAGCUCCGAGAAUGGGAAGCCAAGCUCAAGUCUCUUCGCAUGGGAAUCAAGGAUUUGCAACGAGAGUUCGAUAUCUCUGAAGAGAACAUCAAGGCGCUGCAAAGUGUCGGCCAGAUCAUCGGAGAAGUGUUGAAGCAGCUGGAUGAGGAGAGAUUCAUUGUCAAGGCAUCAUCCGGACCGCGUUAUGUCGUCGGUUGCCGCUCGAAGGUCGAUAAAGCAAAGCUGAAGCAGGGUACCCGUGUCGCCCUCGAUAUGACCACACUUACUAUAAUGAGAAUGCUCCCGAGAGAGGUUGAUCCGUUGGUAUACAACAUGUCACUGGAGGACCCAGGCCAGAUCAACUUCGCAGGAAUUGGUGGUCUGAACGAACAGAUCCGCGAGCUUCGAGAAGUCAUUGAGUUGCCGCUCAAGAACCCCGAGCUUUUCCAAAGAGUAGGAAUCAAGCCGCCCAAGGGUGUGCUCCUCUACGGUCCUCCUGGUACCGGAAAGACGCUGUUGGCACGAGCAGUGGCAAGCUCAAUGGAGACGAACUUCCUGAAAGUUGUCUCGUCCGCUAUUGUCGACAAGUACAUCGGUGAAUCUGCACGGUUAAUAAGAGAGAUGUUCGGAUACGCCAAAGAACACGAGCCUUGCAUUAUCUUCAUGGACGAAAUCGACGCUAUCGGUGGAAGGCGUUUCUCGGAGGGUACCUCGGCUGAUCGAGAAAUCCAGCGUACACUGAUGGAGCUUCUCAACCAGCUGGAUGGUUUCGAUUACCUUGGAAAGACGAAGAUCAUUAUGGCUACGAAUCGGCCCGACACGCUUGACCCGGCUCUGCUGCGAGCCGGUCGUCUCGACCGUAAGAUCGAAAUUCCCCUGCCCAACGAGGUCGGUCGUCUGGAGAUCUUGAAGAUCCACUCCAGCACCGUUCAACUGGAUGGCGAGAUCGACUUCGAAAGUGUGGUGAAGAUGAGCGACGGACUUAACGGUGCUGAUCUUCGCAACGUUGUUACGGAAGCUGGUCUAUUUGCUAUCAAGGAUUACCGGGAUGCGAUCAACCAGGAUGACUUCAACAGAGCGGUCCGCAAGGUGGCUGAGGCGAAGAAGCUGGAGGGCAAGCUGGAAUACCAGAAGUUGUAG